CACUUAACGUGGUCGUUAGCGGUCCUCUGCGGAGAGCCCCUCCCGGGGCAAACCCGAUUGGUUAAAAGAAAGGUCCCAAGGAAGACUGAGGGCAGGUCCAGAAGGGCAGGAAACUGGUAACCCGCUCCUAUGCCCAUGGAGCCAAGACCUGCCACCAGAUACAAGGAGAAUGUACCCCCAAAGACUGUGACUGUCCUGGGGCCAGAACUGAAGAGCCCUUGGAAGAACCUGGACAUCAGCCUGGGGAGUGGAGGAGGCCGGAGGAGGCCCAUAUGCCAGGCCACCACAUACUCCCAAGGCUCAGUGCUAUGCCAGAAACCCUACCAAGUCCAAAGUAAUCUGGCCAGCCCUCGUCCCUGCCUGGCCCUUGCCCUGAAGGACACAACUGGCCAACCAGGUGACACAGGGCUCUGGCAGCAGAGUAACCUGCAGCUUCCAGCAGGAAGGUCCCAGGGGAGGACCCGAGAGUCCUUUGCACAGCAGAGUAACCUGUGCUUCCAAAGGACCGCUAGCCCCCAUCUGCAGAAGAGCUGCCUGUCACCAACUGACCCAUCCUCCCACCAGAGGCAGACACACCAGGUCACAGACACCCCCUGCUUGGACUUGAGACUCCCUGGGGGCUUGAAACCUCUUGAUGGGUGCACAUGGCCUGACCACAGUCCCUGCUAUGGUCCAGGGAGCUGGGCACCCAGGCUUGUGGGGCAGCCCCUCACCUUGGAGGACCUAUCUGUCUCUGCCCACAGCCAGUCUUGGGCCCAUUUCCAUUCUGCAUGCAGCACUGACCACAGGCUGCUGGACUCCAUCCAUCACCUAGAGCCUGAGGCAACCUGUUCAAGGAGCCAGACAUCCCAGGAGUACCCAGGCCCCACACAGAGGGGGCCCCACACUGGUGGUAGCCAGUCAACCCCUGCCCAACCUUGGCCCAGCCACCCCAGGGAAAGUGUAAGCCUCCUGGAGACUCUUGGGGUCCAAGCUAGACUCUCAGAGUCCCCUCUGUACAAACCCCUGUCACACGAGGCCAUUCCCACUCUGGGGACGUUGGCUGGGGAUUUCUCUGACCCAGACCAGGAGGUCCUUUCUACCCAGCACCUUGGGGCAAGAGAGAGAGGCUCCCCAGGCCUUCCAUAUAACCAGAGGAACAGAGGGCACUUCAGGGUCACACGAGAGGCAGGUAGCAGAGAGGCCAGACCUGAAUCUCCAACCUUCUUCAGUGUCCUGCCUGGGCAGGAAGGAAGAGAGAAGGCCCCACCGGAAAAGGCAGGCAGGGAUGGGAAGAAGAUGGCCUCCUGCCCAUCAAAUGGAGCCCCAGCUCAGAAUACUCCGCAGAACAAGGCUCAAAGCACUGGGAGCUCAGAUCCCCAGGCAGCUUGCCAGAAGCUGCUGUCCAGAAGUUUCAGAGCCUGGAGGCACUUGUCACAGAGGCGCCAGGCAGCAGCUAAGGCCAUAGCUCUGAGCCACAGGCAGCUGGUUCGAAAGAGCCUCAGAGUCCUGCGCUGGGUCCUACAGCUCCAGGAGGCCCGAUUGGAGGCAGCAUGCGAUCAACAUGCGGAUACCCUGCUGGCUUGGAGCUUCCAAAAGCUCUUGCAGCAGAAACAGGAGCCACCCUUCACCCAGGCUGCAUCACCAUUCCUUGCUUCUAGGGGAAGCCCUUCCUUAGGAAGAAAAGUAGCCACUGACCUUGCCUGGAAAUGCAGGUGCUUUAGGGCCUGGCAACGGUUCGUGCAGAGAGGGGCCCAGUGCAGGAGACACGCGGCCCACCAACGGGUGCGGGUCCUGAGGACGUGCCUGGGACGGUGGGUGGAGUUGAGGCAGCUCCAGGCCUCAGAUGUGGCAAAAGUGACUCAGUUGGCCCUCUACCGGCGGAAGGCGGGGAAUAAGGCCCUCAACGUCUUAGUCCCAGGAACUGCCACCACUCAUUGCCUGGAGACAGUGGUCCAGGCCCAGGAACUACCCAGGGAGCCAGAUCGGUGCUCCCUGUGGGAAGCCUGCCAAAAGCUGGCUCUGCAGCGGGCCCUGCUGCUCUGGAGGACGCGACUCUACCAGCACCAGCAAGCCGCCUCCUUUUUUCAGGGCCUGCAGAAGAGGGCUCUGCAGUACAUCCUGAGGCUGUGGCGCUUGAGGGUCUGGGGUCCGGACCCUCCCUCGAGCAGCAUGGAGACCAUGUUAGCCCUGGAGCCCUGGGGCGACAGGCCAGGAGGGGAGACCUGGCUGGACUGCAGAAGAUCAGGAGGGUCACUGGAAAAGGUGCGGAUCCAGCAGACUCAGGGCGCAGUGAGGUUGUACUGGCGGACCCUCCAGAGGCGCUAUUUCCAGACCUGGUGUGAGCGCCUGAGGAACACAGGAGUGUCCCAGGACCAGCAUCAAGUCUUCCAGGACGACCUGAGAAAAGACAUGGAGGCCACACUUGCUGGCUCACAGGAGGCCUGCAGAGCAGCGCCCCCAGCACAGGCUCACCACUGUGUGGCCCAGGCUUCUGUCCUGGGCUGGAGAAGCUUUCUGCAGCAGAGUGGCGCUAACAGGCAGCUGAGGAAGGCCCAGACCCAGCAGGCUUUUGUGGUAUGGGUCCUAGAGGUCUGGAUUCGGUUAGCAGCCCAGGCUCAUGUCCAACGAGCUGAUAUCACCCAAUGCUGGCAGAGGCUUCAGUGUCUCCUUAGGACCCACUGGGUUCAGGGGCAGUCGACUCUGUUGAGACAGGGGCUGGAGCCACAGACCCAGGCACAGGGCAUGGACUUCGGGCACUGGCUAAGGCUGGCCAGCAGAGGACACCUCCUGCGCCUGAUGGACACCCCAAACUUUUUGAUACAGCUCUGGAUGGCCAGCGAUAUGCUGGAGGCAGGAGGACCCAUCGACCCAUCAGCAAACCUCUUGAGUGACAGCCUGGUGCCAGUCUGGUUACAAAGGCUCUUUGUCUAUUAA